AUGAGACGUGGUGGAAGGAGAGGUCAGUACAUGAAUGCUUAAUUAAAGUAAUAAAUCAGUACUUGUCUAAUUAAAAGGGAAACCACACUUCACUGGUCAUAGUACAGUGAGGGAAAAAAGUAUUUGAUCCCCUGCUGAUUUUGUACGUUUGCCCACUGACAAAGACAUGAUCAGUCUAUAAUUUUUAUGGUAGGUUUAUUUGAACAGUGAGAGACAGAAUAACAAAAAAAAAUCCAGAAAAACACAUGUCAAAAAUGUUAUUAAUUGAUUUGCAUUUUAAUGAGGGAAAUAAGUAUUUGACCCCUCUGCAAAACAUGACUUAGUACUUGGUGUCAAAACCCUUGUUGGAAAUCACAGAGGUCAGACGUUUCUUGUAGUUGGCCACCAGGUUUGCACUCAUCUCAGGAGGGAUUUUGUCCCACUCCUCUUUGCAGAUCUUCUCCAAGUCAUUAAGGUUUCGAGGCUGACGUUUGGCAACUCGAACCUUCAGCUCCCUCCACAUAUUGUAUAUGGGAUUAAGGUCUGGAGACUGGCUAGGCCACUCCAGGACCUUAAUGUGCUUCUUCUUGAACCACUCCUUUGUUGCCUUGGCCGUGUGUUUUGGGUCAUUGUCAUGCUGGAGUACCCAUCCACGACCCAUUUUCAAUGCCCUGGCUGAGGGAAGGAGGUUCUCACCCAAGAUUUGACGGUACAUGGCCCCGUCCAUCGUCCCUUUGAUGCGGUGAAGUUGUCCUGUCCCCUUAGCAGAAAAACACCCCCAAAGCAUAAUGUUUCCACCUCCAUGUUUGACGGUGGGGAUGGUGUUCUUGGGGUCAUAGGCAGCAUUCCUCCUCCUCCAAACACGGCGAGUUGAGUUGAUGCCAAAGAGCUCGAUUUUGGUCUCAUCUGACCAAAACACUUUCACCCAGUUCUCCUCUGAAUCAUUCAGAUGUUCAUUGGCAAACUUCAGACGGGCAUGUAUAUGUGCUUCUUGAGCAGGGGGACCUUGCGGGCGCUGCAGGAUUUCAGUCCUUAUAAUAUAAUAAUAAUAAUAUGCCAUUUAGCAGACGCUUUUAUCCAAAGCGACUUACAGUCAUGCGUGCAUACAUUUUUUGUGUAUGGGUGGUCCCGGGGAUCGAACCCACUACCUUGGCGUUACAAGCGCCGUGCUCUACCAGCUGAGCUACGGCGUAGUGUGUUACCAAUUGUUUUCUUGGUGACUAUGGUCCCAGCUGCCUUGAGAUCAUUGACAAGAUCCUCCCGUGUAGUUCUGGGCUGAUUCCUCACCGUUCUCAUGAUCUUUGCAACUCCACGAGGUGAGAUCUUGCAUGGAGCCCCAGGCCGAGGGAGAUUGACAGUUCUUUUGUGUUUCUUCCAUUUGCGAAUAAUCGCACCAACUGUUGUCACCUUCUCACCAAGCUGCUUGGCGAUGGUCUUGUAGCCCAUUCCAGCCUUGUGUAGGUCUACAAUCUUGUCCCUGACAUCCUUGGAGAGCACUUUGGUCUUGGCCAUGGUGGAGAGUUUGGAAUCUGAUUGAUUGAUUGCUUCUGUGGACAGGUUUCUUUUAUACAGGUAACAAACUGAGAUUAGGAGCACUCCCUUUAAGAUUGUGCUCCUAAUCUCAGCUCGUUACCUGUAUAAAAGACACCUGGGAGCCAGAAAUCUUUCUGAUUGAGAGGGGGUCAAAUACUUAUUUCCCUCAUUAAAAUGCAAAUCAAUUUAUAACAUUGUAUAAACUAAAGGAGAAAGACAGACAAGCAGUUUGCACCUACUGUUUUGCCAUAUUGAUUUGAGGUCAUGAACUCUUGUUGUUGCAGUGCUAGUUAAGAAAUAGUUUGUUGUUUCCAUGGUGUUUGUGGCUGUAUAUAGAGGAACAGCACGUGACAGCUUUUACUUACAGAUAUACUGCUGUGCUAAAAGGUAACUUAAAUAUGAUUAUUCAUGCACUAUUAACUGCUCUAAAUCAGCUACUGCUACCAGUCAGAGCCAAUCACUGAACAGUUCAGCCAUGUAGUGAGUGAAUGGAUGACUGAUGAGUGCAGCUCAGUUCGGUUUACACCGUUCCACAUAUGGUAUUGAGUCUGCAAAGCACUGCCACUGCUACCUAGGAAUCUGACCAACAAUGCAAAGAAUCUCCCUCAGAAGACUGAAAUUGUUAUUAGUUGAGGAAUAUUUUCUCCUUUAGUUUCAGUAAAUAGAAAUGUUUCUACCACACCUUGUGAGCUCUAGGCCAGAUUAAUGUAAGAAUGUGAAUGUAGGAGAGAGAGAGAGAAAGAGAGAGACGUUUUCACAACAGUUCAUUAACAAGGCCUGACUUUGUUCACACACACAACCCCCCCCCCCCCCCCCACACCCCCCACACACACUAGCAGUGAUGAAAGGCAGCCUUGAGAAAGAUACAGCAACGUGUAAAACAGCCAAGGCCAAGCUAUUACCUUUUACAAGCUAAAGCCCAAGCACAGGGAUCGAAUUCAGCAGAGAGCCCAGAUGUUAAAGGAUUUUCUUAUAUACAAAAAAGAAAUGAGGAAAAGGGAAAAACAUUGUAAACUUAUGAAGUUUCUAAAGUCUUAUGGGAAUGUAUGUGCUAUAUGUGUUCCCUGAAAACAGCCCUUUGCACUCAAAGUAGUUUUAGCCUCGCUAGUUGCUUUAAUUUGUUUUCUGUGAUUGGCAAAUCGUAAUAGUAACAAUUUAUAUCAAUUGAAUAGUCUGCAUAGGGCCUACAAAUCGUAUCUAAUAUUGCAGAGCGUUUAUUGCGGAAAGAGCUUGAGGCAGCACAAUUCAAGCAAACAGCAAUUAUUAGAAACAAGGAUGUUGGCUUCCCUUUAAAGGCCUUGUGCAUUAACUUUACCCUUCUGUCUCCUCCCCAAGGGUUCCUGCGUGAUCACACUGCCAGACUACACCAGACGCCACAACCUCGAAACAAGAUGACCGCCCAAUGCAAGAACUUCCUCCUCUUCCUGACCAGAGUAGGACUACUCUUGGGUCUGGCUAACCCACUGGUGACCUCCGCCUCCUGCCCCUCGGCCUGCCGGUGUGAUGGGACCUUCAUCUACUGUAAUGAUCGAGGCCUCACCUCUAUUCCUACCGGCAUUCCGCUGGAUGCUACUGUACUCUUCCUCCAAAACAACAGGAUCAAGAGCGCCGGCAUCCCCACCGAUCUGAAGAGGCUAAGCAAUGUUGAGAAGAUCUAUCUGUACUGUAAUAAUCUGGACGAGUUCCCCCAAAACCUGCCGAUAGGAGUCAAAGAGCUGCAUCUACAGGAGAAUAAUAUUCGGAUGAUUACGCAUGCGUCGCUGGGUCAGAUCCCACUGAUCGAGGAGCUACACCUGGAUGAUAACUCCGUCUCGGCGGUUAGCAUCGAGGACGGAGCGUUCAGGGACAGCAACCACCUGAGACUACUCUUUCUGUCCAGGAACCAUCUGAGCACCAUCCCGUCCGGCCUUCCGCAGACCAUCGAGGAGCUGCGCUUCGACGACAACCGCAUCUCGUCGAUAUCGGAGGCGUCCCUCCAGGACCUGAUCAACCUAAAGAGACUCGUCCUGGACGGGAACCUGCUCAACAACCGUGGCAUCGGCGAGAUGGCCUUCAUCAACCUGAUUAAUCUCACCGAGCUGUCCCUGGUGAGAAACACCUUGACGUCUCCGCCGGCUAACUUACCGGGAACCAGUCUUGAGAAACUGCAGCUCCAAGACAACCACAUCAACCGAGUACCGGCCGGGGCUUUUGCUUUCCUCAGGCAGCUGUAUCGACUGGAUCUAUCGGGCAACAACCUGAGCAGUCUACCUCAGGGAGUGUUCGAAGACCUGGAUAACCUCACGCAGCUCCUGCUCCGUAACAACCCAUGGCAGUGUACUUGCCGGAUGAAGUGGGUGAGAGACUGGUUAAGGUCGCUGCCGACAAAGGUCAACGUUCGAGGGUUUAUGUGCCAGGGGCCAGACAAGGUGAAAGGCAUGGCUAUUAAGGAUCUGUCUACUGACUUGUUUGACUGUGGAGGCUCUGACUUGGGCAGGGGCCAGGGGGGCCCUACCUUCGAGACCAGCACUGUCUCUAACACCUUACCCCACUCACAUCCACAAUGGCCCUCCUUUGUGACUAAAAGACCAGUGGUGAAAAUGCCUGAACUGAGUAAAAACCACCGCAGUACUACGACACCAUCAGGUAGAAAGAUCAUCAGGAUCAGUGUGAAGUCAAGCAGUGCAGAGACAGUGCACAUCUCCUGGAGGGUUUCCGUACCCAUGACUGCCCUAAGGCUCAGCUGGUUAAAACUGGGCCACAACCCUUCGUUCGGUUCCAUCACGGAGACCAUCGUACAGGGGGAGAGGACGGAGUACCUCCUAACAGCUCUAGAACCGGAAUCCUCAUACAGGAUAUGCAUGGUUCCCAUGGAGACUAGCAACAUUUACCUGUCAGACGAGACGCCAGUUUGCAUAGAGACAGAAACCAGUUCUCUGAAGGCCUACAACCCCACCACGACACUGAACCGCGAGCAGGAAAAGGAGCCUUACAACAAUUCCAGUCUGCCUUUAGCCGCGAUCAUCGGAGGGGCCGUGGCUCUGUUGGCAAUGAUAAUGCUGGCGCUCGUGUGCUGGUACGUGCACAGGAAGGGUUCGCUGUUUUCCAGGAAUUGCACCUACAACAAGGGCCGACGGAGGAAGGACGAUUACGCAGAGGCGGGGACGAAGAAGGAUAACUCAAUCUUGGAGAUACGAGAGGCCUCUUUUCAGAUGAUCCCUAUACACCCCGUGCCCGUGUCCAAAGAGGAGUUUGUGAUACAUACGAUUUUCCCUCCGAAUGGAUUGAGUCUGUACAAAAGCCCGCACAGCGAGACCAGUAUUAGCAACAGGAGCUACAGAGACAGUGGAAUACCUGAUUCAGACCACUCCCAUUCAUGAUAUUGAUAACGCAGGACAUUUCAUUAUAAAUGAGUGCGUUCGUUGAUGACUUGAAACUAAGUGGCUAUAAGACUUUGUUAUAAAACACUGGAUCUAAAAGACUGAGUGGGAAAGCAAUGUUCUUCUGUACAUUUGCCCAUAUAAUUUAUAUUUAAGGACAUUUUAUGACGAAGAGGAGAACAAACGUGGUUCACAUUGCAGAUAGUAGUCCCAUCACUGAGCCACAGGUCAGUGUAUGUUGUAAUUAAAACUGCAAUUCUAUAUUUUAGGGGUUUGUAGUAAUUUGUACUGUAUUUCCUUUGGCUUAAGGUUACCUAACAACCAACUAUAAAAAACAAACUCUGUUCUACUGAGAUAUGAUGACUUGUCAACUGUGAAAGUGGGGGUUUUCAUUGCUGUGUUGAACAAUCAGACUUGUAGAAUAAAGCACAGGUCAUUCCUUUGACCCUCGUUUUGUGGCUGUUCGGUAAAAAACAAAAAGGCAAAAAAUAUGAUGAUUAAAACCAGAGCGAAGCAGCGAGACAGCAGGCGUGUUGCCUUCUUUCUCUGACGAGAGACAAGCAGAGAGUAGUCACCUACAUGUACCUAACCAGAGAGACCCAGAGGGGUGUAUCUCUUGAAACAUGGACUAGAUAUGGAGGUGUCACGCUUUACAUCUUUGCUUUGUUCAGUGUGGGGAUUCAUUUUGUUUAUCUGUUUGGAAAAAACAGAAACAGAGACAGCACAGAUAGAACAGGUGUGUGUGUGUGUGUGU